AAUUUCUGUUUUUAAUAUCAUCAUUGGCCUUUUGGUUUCUUCGGUUAGCUCCUGAAGCUGGUUUUCUUUAGAGCAUGACAUUCAUUUUCUGGUGAAAAUUUGGUAAAGAAAAAUGCAUGAAGGAGAGCAUACAUUGAAGAAAAAAGAUGAUCAAAAAGUGCCCUUCUAUAAGCUUUUCUCUUUUGCAGACAGGCUAGAUGUUCUUCUUAUCAUUGUUGGAUCAAUAUCUGCCGUCGGCAAUGGAUUAGCGCAGCCUAUCAUGACCCUUAUUUUUGGCCAGUUGAUAAAUUCUUUCGCGGGGACAGAUCAAAAACAUGUUGUGCACGAAGUUUCUAAGAUAUCUCUCAAAUAUGUUUACUUGGCUGUUGGCGCGGGCCUUGCUUCAUUUCUGCAGAUGUCAUGUUGGAUGGUGACUGGAGAAAGACAAGCCACUCGAAUUCGAGGAUUGUACUUAAAAACAAUAUUAAGACAAGACAUCGAAUUCUUUGACACUCAAACGACAACUGGAGAGGUCAUUGGAAGGAUGUCUGGUGACACCAUUCUCAUUCAAGAAGCCAUGGGUGAAAAAGUUGGAAAAUUCAUUCAAUUUGCGUCCACGUUCUUUGGAGGCUUUAUAAUUGCCUUUUGCAAAGGAUGGCUUCUAGCCCUAGUCUUAUGUUCUUGCGUCCCAGCUCUGGUCGUUGCUGGAGGUGCCAUGUCAUUGUUAAUGGCCAAAAUGUCGAGCCGUGGACAAGUAGCUUAUGCAGAGGCAGGAAAUGUGGUAGAACAAACAGUGGGAGCAAUUAGAACGGUAGCAUCAUACACCGGAGAAAAGUCAGCAACAGAUAAGUAUGAUAGCGAGCUUCAAAUUGCUUAUGCCUCUAGUGUUAAGCAAGGGCUGGCUUCAGGUGUUGGACUUGGCGUAGUAUUACUAAUAGUGUUCGGCACUUAUGGACUUGCCAUAUGGUACGGAUCAAAAUUGAUCUUAAACAAAGGCUACGAUGGUGGGGACGUUAUCAACGUGAUUAUGUCAAUUAUGACAGGGGGAAUAUCACUCGGCCAGACAUCUCCUUGUGUCAAUGCAUUUGCAUCGGGGCAAGCUGCUGCAUAUAAAAUGUUUGAAACCAUUGAACGGACACCAAAAAUCGAUGCAUAUGACAUUAAUGGAAUCGUCUUGGAUGAUAUUAAAGGUGAAAUUGAACUAAAGGAUGUGUACUUUAGAUAUCCAGCAAGGCCAGAAGUGGAGAUUUUUGCAGGGUUCUCGAUUUACAUUCCUAGUGGAAAUACUGCAGCUCUAGUUGGACAAAGUGGAAGUGGAAAGUCAACAGUGAUCAGCUUGUUAGAGCGAUUCUAUGACCCCGAGGCAGGAGAAGUGUUUCUAGACGGUGUUAAUUUGAAGAGGUUGAAACUCCAAUGGUUAAGAAGCCAGUUAGGUCUUGUAGGUCAGGAACCUGUCUUGUUUGCAACUAGUAUGAAGGAUAAUCUAUUAUAUGGCAAAGAAGACGCUACUGAUGAAGAGAUUAGAAAGGCAAUAGAACUUGCUAAUGCUGCGAAAUUCAUUGACAAACUUCCUCAGGGACUUGAUACAAUGGUGGGUGAACAUGGAACUGCACUAUCCGGUGGUCAGAAGCAAAGACUUGCAAUUGCUAGAGCUAUUCUAAAAAAUCCAAAAAUCCUUCUUCUUGAUGAAGCGACAAGUGCUCUAGAUGCUGAGUCAGAACGUAUAGUACAAGAUGCACUGGAAAAUGUUAUGAAAAAUAGAACAACCGUGGUUGUAGCACAUCGUUUAACAACUAUUAGAAAUGCUGACCUUAUCGCAGUGGUGCACCAGGGAAAACUAGUAGAACAAGGUACUCAUAACGAAUUGAUGAAAGAUCCUGAGGGAGCAUAUACGCAGCUUGUCCGUAUGCAAGAAGGGAGAAAACGGGAUGAAAACAAUAAAGUAGCCGUAUUACAGAAAAUGGAUUCUGAUCUAGCCUUGGAUAGAUCUUCAAGCCAGAGACUAUCUGUAAGGAGAUCUACAAGUAGCGGUUCCUCCAGGCAUUCCUUCACAAUAUCCUACGGUGUUCCUGGUGUUUUUGACUUGCAAGAAACUGAAAUUAGAGAGGACAGAGAUGAAAACUACGAAGAGCUUUUGGAAAAACGUAAGAAAGUUUCUAUUACACGGCUAGCCCACUUAAACAAACCUGAAUUGCCAUAUUUGAUUCUGGGAACCGGAGCUGCAGCCGCACAUGGUGUCAUUUUCCCUGUAUUUGGACUCUUGAUUUCAUCAGCUAUCAAAAUUUUCUAUGAACCUCCACACGAACUGCGGAAGGAUUCCCAGUUUUGGGCACUUAUGUUUGUCCUGCUUGGUGGAUGCACUUUGGUAGUCGUACCAAUCCAGAAUUACUUUUUCGGAAUAGCUGGUGGUAAGUUGAUACAAAGAAUUCGUUCUUUGUCAUUCAAAAAGAUAGUGCACCAGGAAAUAAAUUGGUUCGACGAUCCUGUCAAUUCAAGUGGUGCUGUUGGAUCAAGAUUAUCUUCUGAUGCAUCAACCAUAAGAAGUCUUGUGGGUGAUGCCUUGGCGCUUAUAGUGCAAAACCUCUCAACAGUAAUUGCAGGCCUCGUAAUAGCCUUUACUGCUAAUUGGAUACUAGCAUUCAUUAUCCUACUUGUGCUACCCCUAGUUGGCAUGCAAGGAUUCCUUCAGUUUAAGUUCUAUAAAGGGUUUAGUGCAGAUGCCAAGUUAAUGUACGAGGAAGCUAGUCAAGUGGCAAACGAUGCUGUUGGCAGCAUCAGAACUGUGGCAUCAUUUAGUGCUGAAGAGAAGGUGAUGGAGAUGUACCAGAAAAAAUGCGAGGGACCUACGAAGCAAGGAAUUAAGCUUGGAAUUGUUAGCGGAGCUGGUUUUGGGGUUGGUUCUUUUGCACUGUAUUGCACAAAUGCCUUCUGUUUCUACAUUGGAGCUGUUCUUAUUCAAAAUGGGAAAGCAACAUUUGGAGAAGUAUUUAAGGUUUUCUUUGCCCUAACAAUGUCAGCUACUGGAGUUUCCCAAGGAAGUGCAAUGGCUCCAGAUAUUAAUAAAGCCAAGGAUUCUUCUGCUUCUAUAUUUGAGAUUCUCGAUAGCAAACCAAGGAUCGACUCAAGUAGCGAUAAAGGCACAACAUUGGAUACUGUUAAGGGCGAUAUAGAGUUUCAACACGUAAGCUUCAAAUACCCUAUGCGCCCUGAUAUUCAAAUCUUCAAGGAUCUUUCUCUAACCAUGCCUUCUGGCAAGACCGUUGCUCUUGUUGGAGAGAGCGGCAGUGGAAAAUCAACUGUCAUCAGUCUGAUAGAAAGAUUCUACAAUCCCGACUCGGGCCUAAUAUUCUUGGACGGCGUGGAAAUUCGAAGAUUCAAAAUCAGUUGGCUGAGGCAACAGAUGGGAUUGGUGAGUCAAGAACCAAUUCUCUUCAACGAAACUAUACGUUCGAACAUUGCUUACGGCAAAAAAGGCGACGUGACAGAAGAGAAAAUCAUUGCAGCUACAAAAGUCGCCAAUGCACACAACUUCAUAUCGGGAUUGCCUAAUGGUUACGACACUUCUGUUGGAGAAAGAGGGGUCCAAUUAUCCGGUGGACAAAAACAAAGAAUUGCCAUUGCCAGAGCAAUCUUAAAGGAUCCGAAAAUCCUUUUACUUGAUGAAGCAACUAGUGCAUUAGAUACAGAAUCUGAACGUAUAGUACAAGAAGCAUUAGACAACGUAAUGGUGAAUAGAACCACAGUUGUUGUUGCUCAUAGGUUAACAACAAUUAUGGGAGCAGACAUUAUUGCUGUUGUGAAAAAUGGAGUUAUUGCGGAAAAGGGGAAACACGAAACGCUUAUGAAGAUGAACAAUGGAGUCUAUGCGUCAUUGGUCGCACUUCUCGCCAACUCAAACUGAAACAUUUGGUUCAAGAAUUUCCCACUUCACGAGUUGAAUUGGAAUAUACUUGAUUUUUCUUACUUCUGUCACUCCAAUUCUGCAAUGUAAUAUUAUGUAAUAUUUAUUAUUAUUUUUUUGUGAAGUUUAUUCAUAAAAAUUCAUCAACAU